AUGGCGCUGCAGGGCCCAACUGGAGGCCCUGACCCGGUGGAACAGUUCAUUGAUCCGGAUCUAAAGCAGUUCAUUGAUCCGGAUCUAAAGCAGUUCAUUGAUCCGGAUCUGAAGCAGUUCAUUGAUCCGGAUCUGAUUGAAGAUACUUGUUUUCGUGUCUUUGUCCCCCUGUUUGGUCUAACAUGUCCGUCCUCCCCCACCGUCCCAGAGCCUGUGAUCAAGGUUCCCCCUCGGAACCAGGUGAACCGUUCUGGCAGCAGUCUAGUGUUCCUCUGUGAGGUCUUUGCCUUCCCCAUGGCUCUGGUAGAGUGGAGGAAGGAUGGACGGGACGUCGUCCUACCAGGAGACGACCCUCACAUCUCUGUCCAGUCCAGGGGUGGUCCUCUGAGGUUUGAGCUGUCCAGCUGGCUGCAGAUCGAAGGGGCGGAGCCAGGUGACUCAGGGACCUACCGAUGCACAGCAAGGAACAAUCUGGGAUCUGUUUCUGCGUCCGCUGUACUGGGAGUACUGGGGGAAGAUGAGCUGUCCUCGUACUUGUCCCGCAGUGCGUCUGAGAUGAAGCAGUUGAUGGACGACUAUGACCAAGACUACCUCUGACUGGUGUGACAUCACUUCCUGCUAGCUGACGUGGUGAAAGCAGGAUGUUGGGCUUUUAUUUUGGUGGGGCAGCUGUAUCUGUUCAAUGUGUUGCAGUUUUUCAGUCAGCUGCUCCUCAUAGGAUGAACUUCCCUGAUGAAGCUCAGUUUAUUUUAUUUUUUUAAUAAAAGCCCAAACUGAUGGAGGCGGAGUUUGCUGAUCUGGUUAUUAGAUGGAAACGCCUCCUGGGUGAUUUCUGGAAGGUGCCGCCUUCAUCCAGGUAAAUCCACUGGGUUCCAGUUCCCAUCAGGAUGCAGAGAAUGUUCCUGCCAUGCCUCAGUUUGGGGUUUGUCAGACGAAUAAGAUGGAUGAUCUGAUGAUGAACCAGCUGACUGUCAGAAACGAGCUUCUGUAAUAAGGUACAAUAAUAAACUACAGAUGAUACUGAAGGAAUCUCUGGCUUCAUGUUUAUGGAUCAGGAUCUGAGACACAUCAGAUCCUGAUUCUUUUCCCUCCGACGGUUGAAAUCCAGCAGGAUUGACUGUGACGCUCCAUCUGCAUUAGAUUCAGACAGCAGGAAGCUAAAGUUCUCCUCUGAGGCCAGCAGCAGGGAUGAAAUCCUCCCCGUCUGUCUGGGAGGAAGCUGGAGCAGCAUGUGGGGAAUCCAUUAAACUCUGGGGGCCAAGGGCCGCGCACAUCCAGCUUCUUCACUGGGAUGAAAUGGGAGAAAC